AUGUUUUUGUUAUUAAUUCUUUGGAUUAUUGGAUUAAACGAUACUCAAUUCGAUUGAACUAAAUGAAAAUGAGCAAAUAUUUUCAUUACAAUCGUAACAAAGCACCAACUGUUGUGACCGAUAUCGGUGUACCGAAUAAUCAAUUAGCUAACCUCUCGUCAAAUCAAAUGAAUGGCAAUAAUAGACCACAUACGUUGAAACCAUAUCAUCGGCCGAAGGCAAAGCAAACCAUUGGUGGACACAUGAACAACGAUGGUGAUAUUAAUUACGAACAUCAAAUGCAAACAUUUGGAGACCUCUGUCAUACAAAUGGUACGCUGAAUAGGUUUCGAAUGUAUCGGUCAAUACAGCACAAUGCAAAACGGAACCAAGCCGAAAAUGUAUGGAAACCGUCAUUCUUUCAAAAACAUGAAACCGAUGGAAAUGCGGUUGAAUUAUAUAAACAAGUACGUUUGAUUUUAAAUCGUUUGACAUCACAAAAUUUUGACAUUUUGGCAGAGAAAUUCCAACGCUUGGUUAUCGAUACGAAAGAGAAAUUGAUCGAAGUGAUUAAUUUGAUAUUUAACAAGGCAGUUAAUGAGCCCAAAUUUAUGGAAGGCUACGCCAAAUUAUGCCAAUAUUUAUCGCAUUGUUCGAAGAAAAUUGAUUUAUGGGCCGGCGAACGUGCAUAUUUUAAACGCAUACUCAUCAACAAAUGCCAAGUCGAAUUUGAACAGCAUGUGGCCAAUAAAAAUACAACCAAAGCGGCUCUUGUACCACUCAUGGAAAAAAUGAAGGCAUGCCAAGAACAAAACGAUCAAAAUGGCAUCAAAGAUAUCAACGUCCAUAUAGUGGAAGAAGAAUCAGCUUUCAGACGGCGUUUGGUUAGUACAGUCCAUUUUAUCGGUGAACUCUAUAAAUUGGAUAUGUUAAGAACGAACACUAUGAACGUGUGCAUUAGAAAAUUGAUUCGUGAAGGGACGCGGAUUAAUUCGAAUCCAUCACAAGCAAAUGAGAAAUUGGAAUGUCUUUGCAAAUUAUUGACAACAGUUGGCGGUAAACUUGAACAAAAAUCAAUACAACAGUCGAAUGGCACGACGGCCCAAUAUUUAGAUCUUUCCAAAUACAUAAUUCAGUUGAAGCGGAUUGCUGACAACAAAGCCGAACAUUUCAAGGCCAGCAACCGGAUCAGGUUCAUGAUUAUUGAUCUCAUUGAACUACGCAAAAAGAACUGGAUGCCAAAAACAGGUACCAAAACCAAUCAAUGAACGCAAUACAACAUCGGUCGGGAUAGUUCAUAUUUGUUGAGAAUUUAGUU